UUACUGAUUAUUCGAUGCACUUCUUAUUUAAAGAACGGUCAACCUCUGAAAAGAAUCAAUUCGAAUUUGCAUCUAGAGAAACUAGUACCGAUUGAAAAGAAAUUGUUACAUUUUUUUAUAAGUGUUAAGAAAAAGAAGUUUAAUUUUCUUUUCUACGUUUGAAGAAUCAUAAUGACAACGUACGCUGAUAAAGGACCCAAGCCAACAGGAGGAAAAUUUCUGAGCUUCGACCACAUGAAAUUCUGGGUUGGAAAUGCUAAACAGGCUGCAAGCUUUUACUGCACGAAGUUGGGUUUCCAACCCUUGUGCUAUCGCGGUUUAGAGACAGGAUCAAGGCAUACAGCAGCACAUGUCGUCAAGCAAAAUGAGAUUAUAUUUGUAUUUGAAUCAGCUUACGAACCUGAUAACAACGAAGUAGGGCAACACCUUUCUCGGCAUGGAGAUGGCGUUCGUGAUGUUGCCUUUCGUGUUGAAGACAUUCAUUUCAUUAUAAAGGAAUGUAAGAGAACUGGAGCUCAAGUCGUGAGAGAUAUAUGGGAAGAACAGGAUCAGUACGGAGUUGUAUUGCUUGCAACAAUAAAAACCUAUGGCGACACAUUGCACACGUUCGUGGAUCGAAAAAACUAUCACGGAUUUUUCUUGCCGGGAUAUAAGGAAGAAGCUGUUGACAAGAUUUCGAAACUUUUGUACGAAAAAUGUCUACAAUUUCACAGAUUUUGGUCAGUAGAUGAUUCUCAAUUGCACACAGAGUAUUCAGCAUUGCGUUCCAUUGUCAUGACGAACUGGGAAGAGACUGUAAAGUUGCCUAUUAACGAACCUGCACCUGGAAAGAAGCGUUCACAAAUUCAAGAAUUUGUCGAGUACUACGGUGGUCCCGGAGUUCAACAUAUUGCUUUAAGUACAGAUGACAUUAUUACUGCGAUUAAAAAUCUACGUUCACGGGGGAUGGAGUUUCUUAGUGUUCCAAGCACAUACUAUGACUUGCUACGGAAUCGUCUGCAGCACUCCUCGACUAAAAUCUUGGAAGAUAUGAAUAUAGUUCAGAAAUUGAAUAUCUUAAUUGAUUAUGAUGAGAAUGGAUAUUUGCUUCAAAUAUUCACUAAAAAUAUGCAAGACCGACCGACAUUAUUCAUAGAAGUUAUUCAGAGACAUAAUCAUAAUGGAUUUGGCGCUGGUAAUUUCCAAGCAUUAUUUGAAGCAAUCGAAUUGGAGCAAGAAAAACGAGGAAAUUUAUAAGCAGAGUAUUUUUCUUGGAAACAUAUGAACGCCCAACGGAAUAAAAAAGAAGCUAUAUGACAUUUAUGGCGAAUAAGAUAAUAAUUAUGUUAACAAAUUUAUUCAAAGAAACUAAUCAGACAGUAGGCACCAGAAUUUAAGAAAGUCUUUACGACAUCUCUGUGUUGCUUUUACGACAAUAACUUAUCCAGUAACCGUGGAAACAUGGUGGUCUUUGGGACUUCUUUAUGACAUCCAUCGCACGUAUAUGUGAGUCCUAAUUACGAUACAUCAAUUUGUCUGGUAUGAAGAUCCAAAGAACGUCCCUGGACGACGAGGGACCAUAUUCAACAUUGUUCAAUUUGGUUUCUGUAACUUAAAGAUGUCUUCUGGACACCGUGCGAAAUCCUGUAUACAUUUUCAAGAUAAGGAUAUAGAUAUUUUCAUAAUGGCAUUCUCAAAUUGUUGUGCCUACUCGUCAAUUAAAAUAUGGCGCACUGUAUACAAAAUUUAUAUAAUAUAUAGUUUAUAUAUACAAUAUAUUAUAUAGCCCAGUAAAAAGGAACCAAUUUGAGGCGCAUUGAGAAAAUUCGACAGAAUACAACGUGAAUCUCGCUUUGCGAGAAUCAAGAAUUAAAGUAGGUUAUGAAUUUGUUGUAAACUUGUAAAAUAGUAUAUUAUGCACUUAGGUCUCCCCCUUGGUGCAUACGAUAUUUUUUAUAACAAGUAUAUAAUUUUAGACACUUUUUGAAAUACAGUUAUGAUAUCAGCCCACAUUAGAUUUCAAAUAAAGUAAGCAUUAUUUGCGGUAA